UAUAUGUUCAAAUAAAUAAAUAUGUUGGCCCAAAUAAUUUUCAUUUAGUUCAAAAAUUCGAAAACACAUGGUCAUUGAAAAUAGUGAAAGUCUAAUUUAAAACAAGAAUACCCCAUCAUUCAUAGUGAAAUAAAAAACCAAUGGGUCCGCAUUAAUUUGGUUUGGGGUCUCCAACCAUGGAGAACAGUUGUUCUACGUAAGCUUAUAUCUGUAAAAGGUCCAAACGAACAGCCGAUUUCAUAAUUGGCAACUAUCUUUUAUCCAUGGGAUGUACAUAGGUCGAAAGGAAUGAAGCCAGCAGCAAUGAAAAAGUUCAGCACCAGUCAUUCUUCUCCACUACCACCCAGUGAGCCAGGAGCUCCUAAAAGGUCAGUGCCUGGACCAACUUCUCCGUGGCAUUUUUUAGAUCUCUUGUUGUUUUCGACUCUUCGACGACCGAUGUUUAUUAAUCCGGCCGUUAAAGCUGGAGUAUAUCUUUGCCUAGCUGCCGGCGUAUCUCUUGUCUUCGACUUUGUGAGAGCUCCUCCAACUUACUUUUCUAAUAAGCAAAAUCCGUUCAACAGGUAUUUCGUGAAAGUAGGGUGGGCUUGGACAUGUGGUUGCCUUGCAGCCUUUAUAAUCGUUUCUUCCUUUGUAUAUACGGCUGGUAAUAUUAAGCUCAUGCGUGGGCAUAUUUUACGCUUGGUCGUUGGCUCUGGCUGUUGGUAUACUGUUACUGGACUUAUCAACUUAAUUCAUGAUUGGUCUGGUCACUGUCAUCCAGCAUCGGUUACCUUGCCUAAUGGACUCCGUCCUAAUCAACGAAUUUCAUGUCAUCGAGCUGGAGGUGUUUGGCUAGGAUUUGAUAUAUCGGGUCACUGCUUCCUGUUAAUCAUGUCCAACUUAUGGAUCAUAGAAGAACUCGGCUGUAUGCAACAUUGGAACAAACUCUCUGAAAUUCUACAGCUACAUAAGAGCAACGAACCGAACCAGUCUACUAAUACAAGUGGAAUUCGUCAUGUUUCUGAACAAGAACUGAACAUAAUGCGCUCAGCUUAUCGAAGAUUAACAUCUGUGAUUCGUCUAAUAUUUUCGUUUACAGCCUGUUUGUCUAUGCUUUGGGAUAUUAUGUUUCUUUCAACAGUAAUCUAUUUUCAUACUAUGCCAUCAAAGCUUUUGGGUACCGCACUCGGUGUCGCUUGUUGGUUCCUAUUUUACCGAGUCAUUUUUCGCAGUUGCCCGACUGGAUAUUGGGGUGGGUUUGCUCCUGGACUACCCGGAGAUGGUCCAAUUAAAUUUGUACUUAAUUAGCUCCUCCAACAAAAUAUGAAUAGUAACUGUUUGUAUAGAAUAUCACAAUUUUCGCAAAUGCUUUAGUUUAACGUUUUGGUACUCAUCACUUUUACGUUCUUCUAAAUAUUUUUUUCAGUAUGUUGUCAUGUUGACUGAUGAAAUCACUGAUUUUGAGCUUUUAUAACCACUUAUAUUGUACUGCCGUUACUUUCAAAUAUCAGAAAACAAAAUCCUGGCUUGUAACCAUAUAAAAUACCGUUUUAUUGCCAUUACGUACCAGUCCCGAGGUUUGGUGAGAAGCGAUCGCGUUUACCGUAAUGAGAAGCGAUCGCGUUUACCGUAAUGAGAAGCUUCAUGCCAGCUGCUCGGACAUGUUUAUGUAGCUAGAAAUAGAAGACCUACGAAAAAAGUGCACAUGUUUGUUUUAUAUUGAUUUUUGGUGGAAUUGUGAAUAUCAUGAAGUUAAACGUUGUGUAAAUUAAUAAAUAUCUAUCUAAUCGUCAUAUUCACCUCGAGAUUUCAACGAAAGUUGGCAUGCAUAUAUAGAAGUAAAUGAGCCGAAAAUCUCAACAUGUAAACCAAUUCUUCUACCAACCACCAAUGAUUAGGUUAUGUAGAGUUUCAAACUUACGUUCUGACAACAUUUUCCAUCAGCAGGACCCAAAACAUAUACUAAACAUAUUGAUUUUUUUCACUUAGUACAUCAAUAAGCUUGGAAUUAUAGUGUAGGAGUAUAUUUUUCCUACUUGACUGUAUAGUAGGACGUAAAAACUUUGUUUAAAUGCUUCUGGGUUUUUUUUCAUAAUAUCAUUUUGCAAACAUGUGGUUGUUUUAGUAUGCAACGAGUUAUUCAUUAGGAAAAAUUGUUGGAACAAUUACCAAUAAAUUGAUAGGUGUUCAUUAGAUAUGUUCACGAUGAAGUACCUGGAUAUGAAACUAGGUUAGAUAUGCACCUUGAUUGACUAGCCUUCAAUAUCAACAUGCAUCCACAGAAUUUCUCAGUGCAAUUUGAAACGAGCCAGAAACUAACCGUAAAGUCUUAAUCCAAGAAGUUUAAUUCAACCUAUAUGUUAAGUUUCCAGAAAUAAACAGACACUAGCUAUUGGAAUCUUCAGUUCAGUUGUGUAACUAUUGGGUCAUUAGUUCGGGAUAUCCUCAACUCACUUUCCGUUAGGCAGUUCAAUGAUGUCACAACGUUUUACAUGGUGUAAUACCUGGCGGUACAAAAAUGUGUACUAGUUUACUUAUUUCCCUGUCAGAUAAUCGGACCGAACUGUCAUCAAUAGUUUUCAUGUGAAAACUCCUUAAUAUGGUAAGCAUAUGAAGUAUAACAAGUCUUUCUCCUUGUAUACAUGUAUUACUUUGUAGGACAACUAUAUCCUAACAUGUCUGUGCUCUAAUUUUAUGAACUUAAAAAUGCCUAUGUUAUUCUAUUUUAGAUUAUCAUGGUCACUAACACUUCCUGCUAGUGUUUUAUAUUUUCACAUGUGUUUAAGUUUGUAUAAGUAUUGCUAAAUUUGACCUAGUGGCGUUCAGUGUAGAUUUUAAUUCUUCAAAGUAAUACCGCAAAGCCUGUCUUCAUGCUACGGUAUUAUUGUAUCAUAUAUACAUUAUAUUUAGCGGAAAUGGAAAGUCUUAAGUUAUGGGAUCGAAAUCAAUACCUCGGACUUCGGCUGAGAGUUCGAUAUUAUUCAGCUAUCAAUUCAGUCGCUCACAUAUCUUUGAUAGGUAGUUGCGGAUCAUGAUUUGCACAGGUUAACAGGUUGACUGUAAACGCAUCUGUAUAACAUAGUAUUUAUCUUGAUUAACUUAGUGUUACAAGGUGUAUACUAGUUCGUAAGUUAAGUGGUGGCUUGGCCUUUAACCAAUAGGCAACAAGUCCGACCCCACCACACCUCUAGUUUAGACAUCUCCAUAACAAAACUAAGCCUUUGACAGUAUUUUUAGAAACCGAGUACAUAAACUCUUCUUUGGCUAGUGAGUUAUAUGGAGUUAAUUAAUUAGAUCAAUCUCACUGAGAUAGGAUAUAAUUGUAUUAUUAGCAGUAACAUCAGAACAGCUAAAUAGUCUAGCAAGAAAACUUUUAUCAUUCAUGAAUUGGUAAGAAUUUCCUCUAUCAUUUAAGAUAGAGUGAUUAUUUGCAAAACCUGAAUCGGUUGAUAGUCUGUUAGGCAAGUGUUAUAUUAGCUAUUAGCUACUCACCAGUCAAUACAUUGCACUUUGACCUGCAUUUUUUACGUGACUUUUAAAUACACUACUUUAACGCAAAUUCGAUUCAGUGCAUACAAGUUUAAGAAUUAGAUGUUAUUUGCUAAAUAGAUAGGCGAGUCUACACUGAGUUUGCUCCCAACAAACAUACGGGAUUCCAAUUGUGACCCGAGUAACUCAGCAGCAGUGUAAAUUACUGUGAUAGAUUUCAAUACCCUGAGGAUAAUCAGAUACAUCAAGGUUGCAAAUGUGCCUCAGUGAUGAUUGUUGUCUAGCACGAAACAGACUCAGGACCUCUCACUAGGCCUCAUGUCUAAAAAUAUUUAACUGGUGUACAGUUUCUAGACUGUGUUCUCCUUAAUUAUCCUACUUUUUAAGUUUGUUUUAUCAUUGAGACGAAAGACUUUUUAAUGCUUCUUUUUUUUAUUACCCUCAAAAACUAGUGAGCCUAAAAUGGGGAGUGAUUUUACAAAACGAAAUCCCAGGUAACGUAUAGUUGUAUAAUGCAAAUUCCAAAGCUAUCUACUGUUUGUCCUGGUUUUAACCUAAAUACAAGAUAAAAGUAGUAACAACAACUAACGUUUAACUAAAGAAAAAUCAGGCGCUGUCUGGUAAUUAUGAGGUUUUCCUGAUAUCGGAGACUACUAAACGAUAUUUUACAUUAGAACAUUGUUGAUUAUCAACUACCGAUUUCUUCCAAAGCUCUGGUUAAUUAUGUUCGUUAUGCUUCCGAUGCACACUUAUAUAUCGAUGUCACUGUUUGUUUAGCACAAUUUGUACUACAGAAAUCUGGAAGCUCACUAUAAGAUAAUAAGUAGAAAGCUCUCAUGGGGUCUUCAAUGAAGAAAAUAAAAUGCUUUCGGUGAGUGUGAACUUAGCUCCCAAUUAACAAGUAGUGGCUUAUUCCGUAUUUAUACCAGUCAAGUGUUUGAUCUGACUGCAUGCUUUAGCAUGAUAACUACCAUAUCGUGUCAGAUUUAACCAAUUUCACGAUAUUCAAUCUUAUUGAGAUGAGUGGUUUUGUGAAAAAUGAAUAUUAUGGUUUUGAAGAAAAUUCCGUUGCGAUAAACCAAUAGCUGAAAGAUGAUUUAUUGAACCUCUGUCCAUCAAGUCAAUACCCAACGCAUGCAGUAAAUAUUUCUAAAACUAUACCACCGUCAAACUGCGGAAUGUCGUCCGUCAGAAUAGUAAGAGGAUUUGCCCAGUAACUGGGAUAUAAUUUUAAACAAGAUGUGUGUGGAAUACUUAUCAAACAAUUUCAUAUCACUUUGCUAUAUAUCUCACAAGCAAGCAAUCAUGGUGUUAUACGGCACAAACAUCUCCGCAGAUUGUUAGUUGCAGACGAUAUUGAUUCUGAAAGUUUAGCAAUUAUAGGAGGUUUUGGGGAUAAAUAUGAAUUGGACUGGACUAAUAGCAUUCGUUUAGGGUGCGGUAUCAAGAAUCUUGGAACAACAUAGAAACAACGUUCAAAUUUAUAAUUCGCACUAAACCACACAAUGGAGAUCCCUCCACACCUUAAACCUGUCGUCCCAUAAUGUUAAUUUUAAAAGUGGCAUAGCCGGUUAGGACUAUUUUGAAAUGGAUAUGAGAUGAUAAUUUGUGCGGUGAUUAUACCCGUGUAAUGACAAUAAACUCUAAUAAUUAUCCUAUCACUAGUCUACAUCGAAUUCCAAACUUGAUUACAAUAAUAGAUAGUUUGUUUCUCAGCAUACUUUGUCUCUAUAUAUUAGAAAAAAUAUACAAAUCAAUAUACUGAGGACAUAUUUCGAUAGUACUUAAAACAAUUACUAUCUUUUUUUAUAUCUAUGGUUAUAUCUUCAAAAUCCAGUUGGAAGGAAAAAAGCCGCAGUCGUCUCAAUCUCAGCCAGAAUUCUUAGAGGGCAAGAUUUCGCAAAUCAAUAAGAAUAAUACGGUACCACGGAAAAAUUUGCAACCAAAAUAAAUUUGGAAAUAUGUUCAAAACUUGCAAGUCAUUUAACUCCAAUUCCAUAAAGUAUCAUCAAUAACUGGAGUAUUGACACCAAGGAUCGGCUAUGUUUGUUAUCUAACUCAGGAGUUUUGCGAAACCGUAUAAUCUGUUUAUAAUAGUGAAUAUUUGUUCGCUUCCUUCUUUAGGACGUAUGUUAAAGACACUAGGGAACAAUACUCAGGGACUGAAAUCUUGCCACGUAUAUAUUAGAGUACAAGGUCAGUAAAAUGGAGGUCUGUAUUUUUGGUUCCAUCUUGACUAAUGUUUUCUGGUGGUUAAUUACUGUUAGGACCCAAGUUGCCAUAGCACUAGGAAAGCUGGAUAGAAAAAUCAACAAAAUGAGCACAGAAGCAAUAACAGUAAGUGCGACGAAAAGCCACGGUACGUGUGCCUUACGCAACAUGUAAUGGUCGUCAGUACAGAAGGAACGAAGGGAUUAGCGGCGGCCAGAUAUGGUAUCAGUCCACAGAGUCACUAACUUUUGAACUAGGAUAUGUGUGGGGAGGUCUACACCUCCUCAUUCAGGCUUAACAGAUAACUGUUCAAAGUAUUGAUGAUAAAGCAAUAAAUUAGUUGCAGUUCUCAUUCGUCUUACUCUUGAGUUUAGCAUUAUUACGUAGUUUAUAUUAAUGAAUUAAUUCAUAUAUUUCAAAUACUUAUCCAGUUUAGUUUGUCCACUUCUAUUUUCAUUCUGACUCCUCUUUGUUGAAUUUCUCAGAUAAUCCAAUGUGGUAACGAGCCGGUACAUAUCCAUGUCUUAAGUUAUUUGCGAUCGGUUUCAGAGCAUGAAAACCCAGGGAUGAGGCAACACACUCAAGAAAAUGGACUAUUUUAUUGGUAAAAUUGACAAAAAAUUAUGCCACAAGGAAUUCGUUACAUAAUUAAAACCCUGUAAAAUUAAAUAAAUGUAUCAUAAAAUGAAGCUAUAAAAAUAGUUGACGCAGAGUAAAAUUCAGUGAAAUGCACAAAAUGAAUCUUGGUAUAGAAUUGGAGAGCAAUAAAUAUGUACAAGAUUAUACACAAAUUUUUAUAUGAACAUGCGAAAAUGUCGACCAUGGAUUUUAAACAACGGUAGAAAAUUUUGGAAAGCACGCAGCUAACGAAACCGAUAUUAUUCACAAGAAGGUUAUGUAUAACUGGUUGCAAGUAAUUGCCCUUUGGGGGGACUUUCAAGUGGUGUGACUAACAAGGAAAUGCAAAUUACUAGCAUAGCACUUAGGAUAAUUUUAUAUCCCAAAUACAACCACCAACUUAUUCAAGUAAUUGCUGAACUCUUGCAAUAUUGUGAUACAUAGCUAGACGCUAGAUAGUACCUGGUACGAUAUUUCUGUUUACACAGCUACUGAUACAGUACUACAAGUGAGAUUUAGUAUUGAAGUAACUUUUUCCAUGUUGUCAUCUGACAGUUAUUACAUUAAUUAAUGGUUAGCAUCUGAGUAAACAGGACCUUCUUCCCAAACAAUGAUAAAUAUACAUGACAAAAUAUAUAACUGAUGAAAUUAAGAUUGAUGGCAGUGUGGUGUGUGCUACUUAUACUGACAUAAGUAGUAUAUGACGUUACUCGUGAACAGAAGGUCUGGCAGCAGAAAGACAAAGGGAUCGAACAGUAAAGAAUGGAAACAGAAUGCGACUUGUAUGAAAGUGCAAGAACAAUGAAGUCUGAGUCAUUAUGAGAGAACUGAUGGACAUUUUCAAAUUACGUAUUUACUAUUUGAUUGUUAGAUUUUAUUAACAAGUCCUGUAAUUUUGAGUCAAAUACAUUUGAUUGUCCCC